GCCUUGGCGCGAGACAGUGGCGAGCAGAGUGUCUCCAAGAUGGCCGCUUGGGGAAGGAGGCGUCUUGGCCCGGGCAGCAGCGGCGGCGGCGCCCGAGAGAGGGUGAGCGUGUCGGCCACAGACUGUUACAUCGUGCACGAGAUCUACAAUGGGGAGAGCGCCCAGGACCAGUUUGAGUACGAGCUGGAGCAGGCCCUGGAGGCGCAGUACAAGUACAUCGUCAUCGAGCCCACCCGCAUCGGCGACGAGACUGCCCGCUGGAUCACCGUGGGCAACUGCCUGCACAAGACCACCGUGCUGGCGGGCACGGCCUGCCUCUUCACGCCGCUGGCCCUGCCGCUCGAUUACUCGCACUACAUCUCCCUGCCCGCCGGCGUGCUGAGCCUGGCCUGCUGCACGCUCUAUGGCAUCUCCUGGCAGUUUGACCCCUGCUGCAAGUACCAGGUGGAGUACGACGCCUACAAACUGUCCCGCCUGCCCCUGCACACACUCACCUCCUCCACGCCAGUGGUGCUGGUCCGGAAGGACGACCUGCACAGAAAGAGACUGCACAACACGAUAGCCCUCGCCGCCCUGGUGUACUGUGUAAAGAAGAUCUAUGAGCUCUAUGCCGUAUGACUGCCGCAGGGCCGGGAGACACAACAACCCAGCCCACGGAGCGCGGAGGCCUCAGCCUGCCGCGGAGCCACAUUUGCUCUGAGGCCGCAGACCUGGGGAGGUGUUUGGUUUAAUAUUGGUUAUUUUAAA